GGCGUGGGGGGCCACGGGGACGGGUAUUAAAGGGGCUCCUCUCCCCGGGCCGCCAGCCGACCGGGGGAGCCGACCGUCUGGGCCGCAGAGUCGCCGCCUCGCCACCCUCCUCGGGCCGGAGCCAGCCGCUGACCGCUGGAGGGGAAGAAGAAGGAGAAGGAGACGGACGGACCGACCAUGAAGACGCUGCUUCUUCUCUCGCUCCUGGUUGUCCUGGCGGCCGCCGCAGUUGGGGGCUACGAGUCCCACGAGAGCAUGGAGUCCUAUGAGAUGAACCCGUUCAUCCCCAGGAGGAACGCCAACAGCUUCAUAGCCCCGCGCCAGAGAUGGAGGUCCCGGGCCCAGGAGAGGGCCCGGGAACUGUCGAAGCCCAGCCACGAGAUCCAACGCGAAGCCUGUGACGACUACCCCCUGUGCCAGCGCUACGCCCGCAAUUACGGUUACCGGGCGGCAUACACCCGCUACCCCGGAGGCUUUCGCGUGUAGUGAGGGCCCGGUAGCCUUCGGGACCCCAACAGUAGCCCCCCGCUGGUCCCUUUGCCACCCCGCAGCUUCGUUGGUCCCGGACCAGAGCCCGCCUUCCCGGCUCGGGCCUUCCCUUGGCGGACAGGGCAAGGUGGGCGAUGCGCCCUUUGGGAAGGGGGGGGUCUUCCCCAAUAAACCGCCUCUUCCAACCAUUCAUGCACUCAA